AUGACAAAAACUGACCCCCUCGCGGAGGAUCUUCCCUCCUCCCUAUUCGCUGCUAUAUCCAUGAGCCUCAAGCCUACUCCCUUUGGCAGCAGUGGACCAACCGUGCCCUUUAUCGGCCCAACUAAGUCUGCCAUCGAAGAAGCUCGGCAUGGAUGUUGGUGUCUAGCAGACGCAGUACACACGGCUGGGACGCAGCUCGGCGCCUUACAAGCUGCUGAGCAAGCCCACCUCCAUUGGACACUACUAGGGGGGUUGCGAGGCUUAGGCCCCAUGGCAGGAUUCAGACUGGCAGGUCCGGCACAUCCAACAGCCCGGGGGAACCAAGAAACGGUCAUCACGCCUGGUCUCCAGAUCAACUGCGAGCUGAGCCCAGAAUCAGGUCUCGACCGUCAGUUAUCAUCUGUCCAUCAGGGCGAGAACACCCAAUGCCUCAUUUCGGCAGGUCCUAGAGCUCAAGAUUACCACAUACGUCGGACUAUUUUCCCCUCUGCUCCUUGCCUGGCUGCAAGGUAA